AUGAUGUCAAAACGAUCUCGAGCUAUCAAGCAUCGCGGGGCUAAGCUGGAAAACGUGCUGGUGCAUUUGCUUCGAUGUGUCCUGCUGUCUGGCAGUGCAAUGAAGUGCUCUCAUGCACGACGGGGACUACCGCCCCAUCUUUUCGAGUUUCUCGGUGUCAAGCGUGACGCGGAUAAGCGCUCACUCCUGCACGUGUUUGUGGGCAGCCUCCAGCCGGGCCUCAAGAAGGAAGCGGCGACCAUUACGAACGUAUCGAUGCCAGAGCCCCGAGACCAGAGGAAGAGAUCGUUGGUCACUUGUGACUUGUCAUCGCUAGUCCCAAGUAUGUCUAUCGGAGAUCCGACUGACGUCGACCAAUGUGCUAUCUGUCUCGACGUCGUGAGCUGGAGCGCUUCAGCUGAAGUCGAUACAAGCAGUAGCAAGAGACCAAUCGUCCUGCAGCGCGAACACACGUUUCACCGCAAAUGCAUUUUUGAAUGGUUGCUGUUCCAGUACGACUGCCCUGUGUGUCGAGCUCAGGUGGGGUUUUCUGCUGUAACCAACUACUGUCGCCAGAAGAAUCAAGUCCAAUGGUGGCUCAGCGACUUUAAGGAGAACCCAGUGCCUCCUGCAGCUCGUUAA